AUGGGCCUGAUGGCGAUCCAAGAUACCCCGCCGUCGAUUCCCAAGUCGGUCGUUAUGCAGCAAGGCCACUUUAUGGACUCGGUCUUCCCCGGGAUCGGCACGAGCGGUUCGCCUGCUCCAUCUAUGACUGACAGCAGCCGCGGUGGCUCGUCGAGCUCGAUGGGCAUACAGGCAACAUCGUCUACCGCCUCGCUUGUAUCGCAGCCCGGCCACACCGACGGCCGUCUCACCAUCCCGGCGAACGCCGAGCCUUCUGCCGACUGGAAUUUUGACUUUGGUGCACCAGACGACAGCGCCGCACCGACGACCGAGCUUGGCGAUGACACGCGCUCGCUGAACGGCGGCGAGUUUGCCUCUCUUCCGGUUCGGGUGCGCCCUUCGAGCGAUCCCAAGAUGCAGGCGCUCUCUAGUGCAGCUCGUACCAACUAUGCGGCGAAUGGCACUGGAUUUGACACGCCUGUCGCCCUGUCGCAGCUGCGCGAUACAGGUGCAGGUAUGGAUGCGGUGCUGCGGUCGAACGCGUCGUCGCCCACGGCGGUGCCGCCGGAUGCUACGUCGAUCAUCUCGCGCAAGAGCUCGCGUGCGUCGCUCGCACCCAUUAUCGUACCGAGCGGACAGUCGAACCUGAACAGUGCCACUUCCCCGGUGGCACGCCGCAGCCGGACGGUGGCCAACCCUGCACUCCUGUCCGAGGUGGCGCGUGCAUUUGUGCAAAGCAUCAAUACAGCCGAACAAACCAAGGAUGGGCUGUCGUAUUCGGAUGCGUUUGACGGUCGCCAUGCGGUGGACCGCCUUGCGGCGAUUAUCCGCACGUCGGAUCGCAACCUUGCGCUGCUGCUGGGCCGUGCUCUCGACGCACAGAAACUCUUCCACGAUGUGACGUACGACCACCGAUUGCGCGACUCGGCCAAGGAGCUAUACCAAUUCCGCUGGCAGCAUGGCCAAGGGGGCCACUUUUUGGGCGAUGGCAGCGAUGCGACUCUGGUUGACUCGCAGGUUCUUUCGUCGCGCUCGUCCAUGCGCUCCGUCACGUCGCGCCGUGACUCGUCACAUUCGGCAAUGAAUGCGAAUUUGGCGCCCAUGUCAAAGCUCGCCCCUGAUGACGAGCACGACAUGGACACCACAAUGACCACCGAGAUGGGCGACAGCCGCGUAUUUGACGACGAGAGGUUCAUGAGUGGCGCCCCGAAGCGCGCGCCGGGUGUACCGACGGGCGUCUUUACGCUACUUACGCCGUGCUACAGCCCGACCUGCUCGCGGAACACGCCGUGCUACAGCAUUGCAUGCCCUCGUCACCUAGACCCCCAGGCGCGCGUGCACAUGGUGCCGCAGCCUGUAGUCGACGCAGGCGAGGUGCAAGAGAGUGCCGUGGACAUUUCCAGCCAGCUCUGGGCCGAAUCAGUGCCGAAGGAGGUGUAUGAGAGUGUGCCGGAGCGCGAGCGCAAGCGCCAGGAAGUCAUCUUUGAGAUCAUUGCCACUGAGCGUGGCUUUGUGCACGAUCUCGAAUACCUGCGCGACUUUUGGAUUCAGCCGCUGAGCACGCAGCACAUUAUCAACCGUGGACAGCGCGCCGCAUUUGUCAAGACGCUCUUUUUUAAUAUCCUGGACAUCCUCGCUGUGAAUCACCGCGUGAGCGAACUGCUGACCCGUCGGCAGAAGCAGCGCCCGGUGAUCGAGUGCAUUGGUGAUAUCUACCUGGAUAUGGUCGGCGAGUUUGAGCCGUUUGUGCAGUACGGUGCGAACCAGAUGUACGCGCGGCACAAGCUCGAGACGGAGAAGUCGACGAAUCCCUUCUUUGCUCUCUUUGUCGAGGAUACCGAGCGCAAGGCCGAGUCACGCAAGCUCGAGCUGAACGGAUACCUGACGAAGCCCACGACGCGUCUGGCGCGCUACCCGCUGCUGUUUGAGCAGAUGCUUAAGUAUACCAACGACGAGAAUCCGGACAAGACGCUACUUCCGCUCGUCAUUCAAAAGAUCAAGGCAUUGCUCUCACGUGUUAACCACGAGACGGGUCGCAGCGAGAACCGCAUGCAGCUAACGCAGCUCAGCCAGCAGCUCUUUUUCAAGCCGGGAGAGACAGUGGAUUUGCGCCUGGGCGACGAUGAGCGUGAGCUGGUGUUUAAAGGCACGCUCAAGAAGCGCAGCGGGACGCAAAGCGACAAUGCGGACAUCCACUUGUAUCUCUUUGACCAUGCGCUGCUUAUGGUCAAGCACAAGAUCGUGCACAAGAAUGAUCUGCUCAAGGUCUACCGUAAGCCGAUCCCGCUCGAGCUGCUCCAAGUCACGGUAUACGAGGACGUGCCCACCGGCAAAGGCAAUGCGACGCGCACCAAGUCGGUCAUGUCGCGCUCUUCGAUCGGCAAGCGGACGAGCAUCGGGCCAUCGCCGGGCCAGCCAACGUCCAAGCAGGACGCCAAAACGGGCUACGCAAUCACCUUUACGUGCCUCGGCAAGAAAGGCUACUCGCUCACGCUGUGGGCGAGCACGGUGGUUAGCCGCGAAAAGUGGUUCGAGCACAUCGAGGCGCGGCAAGAGGUGCUGCGCAACCGCAGCACUGUCUUUGAUAUUGUCCCGCUGUCGACCAUGGUCGACAUUCCGAGCAAUCGCAUCACCUGUGCCGUGCCAUUCGACUUUGGCCGCCAGAUCAUCUACGGCAAAGACGAUGGUGUGUACCUCUCGGACCUGCGUGCAGGUGCCCAGCCUCCGGUCAAGGUCCUGCCGCUGAUUGGCGUGACGCAGGUCGACGUGCUCGAAGAGCACCAGAUCCUGAUUGUGCUUGCCGAGCAGUCCGUAUACACUUUCACACUGGAUGCGCUAGACUCGGCAGACCCCGUCGGCUCGUUGAAGCGCGGGCGCCGCAUCUCGUCGCACACCACCUUUUUCCGUGCCGGUGUCUGCAUGGGCCGUACGCUGGUGUGUGUCGUCAAGUCGGGCCCGCUCUCUUCGACGAUCAAGACCCUGGAGCCGAUCGAGCAGAAUGUGCGCUUUAAGAAGCAGCCGACUUUCCGCAAGCUCCUGCAAGGUGGCCAGGACACGCUUCGUGUGUUCAAGGAGUUCUACAUCCCUACCGAGUCGAGCUCGAUUCACUUUUUGAAGUCGAAGCUGUGCGUUGGCACGACCAAAGGCUUCGAAAUCGUGGACCUCGAGACACUCGACACGCAGGGCCUGCUCGACCCCGCCGACACUUCGCUCGACUUUGUGCAGCGCCGCGAGAAUGUAAAGCCGGUCGCGAUUUACCGCAUCGACGGUGAGUUCUUGCUGUGCUACAACGAAUUUGCGUUCUAUGUCAACAAGAAUGGCUGGCGCUCCAAGGGCAACUGGAUCAUCAACUGGGAGGGCAACCCCACUUCCUUUGCGCUCCACCACCCCUAUGUGCUGGCAUUCGAGCCCAACUUUGUCGAGGUGCGCCACGUCGACACCGGCGCGCUGCACCAGGUGAUUACCGGUCACAAUCUGCAUUGCAUCUUUGCUGACUCGAUCAACGCAUCGCUUGGCUCGAACCGCAGUGCAGCGCGGUCGCAGGUGGGCAAGGUGGUCUUCCCUGGGCGCCACGCUUCCAUGGCGCCCUUUGCCGCGCCGGGCUUGCCGUACAGUCCCACGCCCGUCGAGGCCUUUGGGCCUGCCAGCCCGACUUCGUCUGUCCCGCCGCAAUUUGGCCGCGGCUCGGUUUCUGGCUCGCCCGUGCCCAACUCGCCAUACACUCAAGGCUUCGUGUCCCCACCGCCGAUGGCCGGCGUGCCGGGCAUGCCCCGCCCCUCGAUUCCCGCUUAUGGCAUCCAGUCGCCGACUUCGGGUGCCUCUUCGCCCAAGCCGCAAAAUCCUGUGCUUGAGUCGGUGAUUGCUAGUCGCAACCACAUUGUAUUUGUCGGAGACUCUUCUGUAUACUCCACUAAGGCGCAUCAGCGCCGACCGGUGAUGGACACGGACGAGUUGGCUGCGCUCGAGGCUCCUAUUCUUCCUCCGACACCGAGCAGCGUGACGCGGCGCCCUCCUCAUCGUACAGCGCAGCGCGCGCCCAUCUCGAACUCACGCUGGGCUUCGGUCUUGCUAGAGCUGGGCGCAACAGCGAGUGGACUGAGCUUGGCCGUGAGUUACGAAAGCCGGCGGAGUCUCAAGUAUUGCAUUUCCUGGCUGCAGUACGCGAUUGCGCAUACAGAGCACCACAUUGCUGUGCUCCGGGCGCUUAUUGAAAGUAUGCGCCAGAACCCCGACACGGUGGUUGGACCGGUCGCGCAGCAGCUUGUGCAAAUCCAGACGGAUAUCACCAACAUCAUUCGCUCGGUGAUCACCGUGGCCAGUCGAUACGCGAGCGAUGCGCUGCCGGAUUACGCGUGCAAGCUGGUACGCCAGUUUAUUUUGAGCCUGCCAGAAUGCUGGUCCAAUAAGCUGGCUUCUCUGCAUCUCUCUGAAGCCGAUUUGCGCGCCACUCCUACGGACAGUGAGAAGGGCGUUAUUCCGGCCUAUCUGCCUACUGCGCGAUGCGAGCAGGCUGCUACAAAAAUCCUGACCUUGGCCGUCGAAUCGCUCGACAUUAUCCGCAACGUUGCCCAGGUGAUUGGCGACGUCGUUGACCGCGCCGAUAGCUGGGCGGAGCGACUUAGGUUGGUCCAGUUCGAGGAAACCGAUACCAUUGAAGAGGACGAAGAACCGCUGUCCUUUGACAGAAUACCCGAGGAAAAAGACGCGUACCCGGAUCCCCCUGAGGAAGAGAUUACCAGUGCACCGGCUCCGGCCGCGAAGCCGGUGGCUCGCCAGGCGCCCAAGGCGCCGGUGAAGGAGACGCGUGGCGGCAAAAAGGCUGCGAAGCCCGUCCCGGCUCCUGUUGAGGAGUUUGACGACGAUGCCGAGUGGGACGAUGAAGAUAUUGACGAGGACGUCGACGAGUUCGAUGUUGAGAACGACGAGAGCGAGGAGGGCGAGGAAGACAAACAGGUCGACGAGCAGGAUGAGGACGAGCAGGACCACGAAGGCCACGACCACGAAGAGAACUUCUCUGCGGACAAUGUCCUUAGCCAGCUUGGCCUGCCCAAGGAUGGCAAGAAGCUUACCGAGCGUCAAAAGAAGAAGCUGCGUGCGGAGGCGGAGCGUCUCGAGCUCCUUCUCAAGAGCUCUGGUUACUCUCUUGACGAUGAGGAACAGCAAGACGAGGAGGGUGAUGAAGAUGAGGAAGAAGAGGCCUUUGAUGAGGAGGAGGAUGAAGAGGAAGGCCUCGAGGAAGGCGAGGAUGAUGAGGAGGGCCACGAGGAGGACGAGGACGUCGACGAGACCCUCGACGACCUUCCCGAGGAUGAGUUCGACGACGACGAAGUCGAGCUUGACGGCGAGGAGCUUGACGACGACGACGAAGACGACGACGACGACGACGAUGAAGAGCUCGACGACGAGGCGCUUCCUCCCGGCGCCGACGGCAGUUUCCUCCUGCCGACGGUCGAGGAAGAAGAGCAAGAAGAGCGUGCGCCUCUGGACCUCCAGCUCGUGCAGAUGCGCAUCCGCGAGGUAGCCAACAUCCUAGGCGACCUUGCGAGCCUCGGCGAGCCCGGUCGUUCGCGUGCCGACUACCUCGAGCGUUUCUCCAAGGACGUCCAGACCUACUAUGGCUACAAUGAGUUCUUGACCAACAUGUUCCUCGAGCUCUUCUCGCCCGAUGAGGCGAUUGAGUUCUUCGAGGCGAACGAGGUCCCUCGUCCUGUCACGAUCCGUGCCAACACGCUCCGUACGCGCCGCCGUGAUCUUGCGCAGAAGCUGAUCAACCGUGGCGUGAGUCUGGAGCCUGUUGGUGCCUGGAGCAAGGUCGGUCUCCAGGUCUUUGAGAGCUCCGUGCCGAUUGGCGCAACGCCCGAGUACCUUGUCGGUGACUACAUGCUCCAGGCCGUCUCGUCGUUCCUGCCGUGCAUUGCACUUGCGCCGCAGCCCGGCGAGCGUGUGCUGGAUAUGGCCAGUGCGCCCGGUGGCAAGGUGACCUACCUCUCUGCACUCAUGCAAAAUACCGGCUGCGUCUUUGCGAAUGACAGCAACAAGGCGCGUAUCAAGAGUCUUACGGCCAACGUCCACCGCAUGGGCUGCCGCAACGUGGUGGUGUGCAACUACGACGGACGCCAGUUCCCCAAGGUGAUGGGCGGCUUUGACCGUGUUAUGCUCGACUCGCCGUGCUCGGGUACGGGUGUCAUCAGCAAGGACCCCAGUGUGAAGACAAACAAGUCAAAGCGCGACUUUAUCCUUCUUUCGCAGCUCCAGAAGCAGCUCAUCCUCUGUGCUAUUGACAGUGUGAGCCCCAAGUCGGAGACGGGCGGCUAUGUCGUGUACAGCACCUGCUCGGUGACGAUCGAAGAGAACGAGGAGGUGGUCGAAUACGCGCUGCGCAAGCGUCCCAACGUGCGCAUCGUUCCGACCGGCAUCGACUUUGGCCGCGACGGCUUCAAGACCUUCCGUGGCAAGAAGUUUGACGAAAAGAUGCCGCUGUGCCGCCGCAUCUUCCCCCACGCCCACAACCUCGACGGCUUCUUCGUCUGCAAGCUCAAGAUCGAGCUGCCCAACAAGGGCGCCAAGCGCCGCCAGGAGGCCGAGGAAGCCGAGAUCGAUGCGGAAGCCGAGCGCUUCAUGGAGCCCGCGCCGCCCGUCAAGCAGCCCCGCAAGACCAAGGCCCAGGCCCAGGCCCAGGCGCCCGAGGCCGAAGACGCGUCGCCCUUCGAUGCCAACGAGGACGAGGAGAUUAUGAAGCGCUCGCGCGAGCGCAUGGCCAAGAGGCGGCGGACAUAG